AUGGCCCUGCAGGGGGCGCUGCGCCGCGUGGCCGCGGCCUGGGGGGGGCGCUAUAGAAUGGGGAACAGACAGACGGCUUCUGUAGGAUUGUCGUAUGGUGCUGCCGUGAAUCAAAUACAGGACAUUAUUUCACGCAACUGUGUGGUGAUUUUCUCUAAAACAACAUGUGCAUACUGCAGAAUGGCAAAAAACCUCUUUCAGGGUUUGAAUGUGAAUUACACAACUGUGGAACUGGACCUAAAUAGAAAUGGAAAGCAGUUCCAAGACAUUCUGGAACAGAUGACUGGUGGCAGAACAGUCCCAAGAGUGUUUAUCAAUGGGACUUGUGUUGGAGGUGCAACAGAUGCUCAAAAGCUUCAUGAGGAAGGCAAACUGCUUCCUUUAAUUAAUCAGUGUCAAAUGAGGCGAAAUUACUGAGCAACCACCUCUAGCUUCGUCUUCCUUUGUAUGAACAGAAUUUCAGAUGAAAUCAGAAGAUCACAGACACAGCAUGAGCUGCACUCAACAACCUCAAACCAUGGCUUUCUGAAUUACAGAUCACUCUUACACUUUAUGGACUUGGUAAAUUACUUGGUGUCCUUGCCUCAGCUUUCCCACAAGCCCACAAUGGUCAUUAGCAAACAUUCUGUAACUCUUGGGGCUCUUAGUGAGACAGUGAUGUCAUUUCAUGGUGAUUACAUCCUGCUCCAGGGAAGCCCAGGCUCUGCAAAAAGAAUCCUGUGGGUUUUGCUGCACAUUAGUUUGCUUUUUAGCUUUGUCUCAAUAAAUUUUAUUGAAACCAUUUUAUUUAAUGGUUUCUUUAAAUAUAAUUCUUCUGUGUCAAACUGAAGUGUAAAGCAAACCCAGUUUGUAGUGAUACUGGUGUGUGCAUGUCUGCCUCUCCUGUACUCCCAAUGCCUGAUCACCCAGCUCCCAACUCGUGUGUCCACUGGAACAGAAAAGGGAAUAAAGAUUCUGGCAGCUUUA